UCUCUGCAUGACUCAUGUGAGCGAGAGAGAGAGAGAGAGAGAUGGCUACGGAUGUGAGCGCGGUGCAGCACGGUAGAGUAGUAGAAGGGAAGGGGCAGAGCAAUGGCGACGCAGCAUCAUCAUGCUGCAAGACUGGGCCGGGUUACGCCACUCCACUCCAGGCCAUGUCUGGUCCCAGAGAGCAGAUCCUCUAUGUCACUGCUGUUUACUCUGGAACCGGGAUUCAGAAGCCUGAUUACCUGGCCACAGUGGACGUGGAUCCAAAUUCCCCAACUUAUUCGAAAGUUAUCCACAGGCUGCCUGUGCCGAAUUUAGGCGAUGAACUGCAUCACUCUGGGUGGAACUCGUGCAGUUCUUGCCAUGGAGACCCAUCUGCGCAGCGCCGUUUCCUUGUCCUCCCUGCAUUGGUAUCUAGUCGCAUAUAUGUGAUCGACACAAAAACAGAUCCAAAAGCUCCCUCUCUGCAUAAAGUUGUUGACCCUGAAGACAUCGUGCAGAAGACUGGAUUGGCAUACCCACACACAUCUCACUGCCUUGCAUCUGGUGAUUUGUUGGUUUCUUGCCUAGGGGAUAAAGAUGGAAAUGCUGCAGGAAAUGGAUUUCUUCUCCUUGACUCAGAGUUUAAUGUCAAGGGAAGGUGGGAGAAACCAGGGCACAGUCCGCUUUUUGGCUAUGAUUUCUGGUACCAACCGCGGCACAAGACAAUGAUAAGCACAUCAUGGGGUGCCCCUGCUGCUUUCACCAAAGGUUUCAACCUUCAGCAUGUCUUUGAUGGUCUCUAUGGGAGGCAUCUUCAUGUCUACAGCUGGCCUGAGGGUGAAUUGAAACAAACUUUGGAUCUUGGCAAUACAGGGCUCUUACCCUUGGAGAUAAGGUUCCUCCAUGAUCCUUCUAAGGACACUGGGUUUGUUGGGUGUGCCUUGUCAAGUAACGUGGUGCGAUUCUUCAAGACAGAGGAUGGUUCAUGGAGCCAUGAGGUUGUAAUAUCAGUAGAACCACUGAAGGUGCAGAACUGGAUUCUUCCAGAGAUGCCUGGGCUCAUAACUGAUUUUUUGAUCUCACUUGAUGAUCGUUUUCUAUACUUUGUCAACUGGCUUCAUGGAGAUGUAAGACAAUAUAACAUUGAGGACCCUAAAAAUCCUAAACUGACUGGCCAAGUAUGGGUUGGGGGACUUAUCCAAAAGGGAAGCCCAGUUGUCGUUGAGGGUGAAGAUGGUACAACAAAGCAGUUUGAUGUUCCGGAGAUCCAGGGGAAAAAAUUGAGAGGUGGACCACAAAUGAUCCAGUUGAGUUUAGAUGGGAAGCGGCUUUAUGUCACCAACUCGCUUUUCAGUACAUGGGAUCGCCAGUUCUACCCUGACCUCCUGGAGAAAGGAUCCCACAUGUUACAGCUUGAUGUUGAUACUGAGAAAGGUGGUCUUGCAUUAAACACAAAGUUUUUCGUCGACUUUGGAGCCGAACCUGAUGGUCCUUCUCUUGCCCAUGAAAUGAGAUACCCUGGUGGUGACUGCACGUCUGAUAUAUGGAUUUGAGUCUCCCCAUAGUUUCUCUUCAACUACCCAACAUCUGGUAGUGAAAAUAAUGGAGCAUAAUUUCCAGUUCUUGUAUGAGAAAUAAUAAUAAUUUAUCCAUUAUGACAGCAUGUAUGGUAUUACCGUGUUUACUGA